GUGACUAUACGGAGAUGAAGAGGAGACAUAGGCCAUCUUCGACUUUUGAUCCCCUGGAGCCACCGGAUGAGAAAUUGUUAACCACUUUCCGAAAGUGGUGUGUUGGACUCAUUCCGAACCACCGACUUCGGGAUUUGAGAAGUGGUGAUUACGGUCCAGGAUUCUUUUGGAUAAUGCUCACACCAAAGGAAUGGCUUACAGAUGACCAUAUAGAUGCAGCAAUGCAUAUGCUGAGGAGGCGACGCACCGACUAUCCACUGACAUUUCCUCAGAAGGGUAUCAUUCUCUCCACAUUCGUGACCGCCAUGAUCAGCAGUGCAUGGACGAGCCACAAGGGUCCGAGGAAAAACUUUAAAUGGGAGGAAUAUAUCCUGGACUACUGCACAGGGUUUCAUAAGUCCCAAGUCUUUGAGAGAUGGAGGGGUAACGAGUUUAUUUACUUCGUUCUGCACCUUCCCACGGCAAGACACUGGGUCACAGUUGAAGUCGACAUAGAGCUGUGGAAAAUUAAUGUCUACGACUGUGAUUCCAGCGUCUGUCAUUGGACCGCCAUGGAACCCAUCUUGAAGGUUUGGUCAGAACUGCUGCCCUCGCUAAUCCUUGCAACCGGGGAAUUUCCACAUAACAACCAGAUCAUGGCGUUAGCUAACGGUGACAUCACGGUGCUUCCAAAAAUGCACGCGACUCGAGCCACUCACGACUUAGUUCCGAAGUCAGCAACCAGUGGUGAUUGUGGCGUGUAUUGCAUUGAGUAUGUGGAGCAUCUCAUGAUGCAGCGUGGAUUGACCGAUGUGACGCCAACCGGAUAGCCAUGUUUCGUCAACGGUGGUGUGUCGAUUUAUUUUACCAAAAUGUCGGCUGAUUAUAUGUGUAAUUAUUGGGACAUUGUAUAUUUUGUGUAAUUAACAUUACAGUUAUGUAUAUAUAGAUUUUCUUUUCGUUCAAA